CAUCAUUCACUUGUCAAUCGUGAGGACGCAACGUUCGAAAAAAUUUGAAAAUCGAAGAUUCUAAAUUCAAAAUGAAUUUCGGUCGUAUUUUGUUUUUCGUGUUCGCCUGUGUGUUGGCCUUGAGUGCGGUGUCAGGGGCGCCCAACCCUAGGUGGAAUCCGUUUAAAAAAUUGGAAAGAGUGGGACAAAACAUCCGAGACGGCAUCAUCAAAGCUGGUCCCGCGGUAGCUGUUGUCGGUGAAGCUGCCACCAUUGCUAAAGGAUAACAAAAAUGGCGUUCAACCUGUCAAAUUGUGUCCUUUCCUAAAGGGGCCUAUAGGAUAGGAAUAAUAAUAAAUUGUCUGUGUUUUUCUACAUGAGCCCACUGAUGAUCAGUCAAACAAA